AGUCACAGAGUGAAAAAACCAAGGAGGAGAAAAAAAGAGCCAGUUUCGUCUCUCUGUGUGGAAAAAAAAGCUCCGCGUUUGCAGGACGAGCAGGUGACCCUGGUUCUCUUCACCAUGGCUCCUUUUUUGAGGAUUGCCUUUAACUCAUACGACUUGGGUGUCCUGCCUCAGCUGUCUGACCCGCCCUUCUGUGCUAUCAAACUGAAGGAAGCUUUAACCACUGAAAGAGGAAAGACCCUGGUCCAGCAGAAGCCCACCAUGUACCCGGCCUGGAAGUCCAGUUUUGAUGCACAUAUCUAUGAGGGGCGCGUGCUCGAGAUCCUGCUGAUGAAGACGGCGGAGGAGCCGCUGGCCGAGGUCACCGUUGGUGUGUCAGUCCUUGCUGAGCGCUGCAAGAAGGCCAACGGUCAAGCUGAAUUCUGGGUGGAUCUUCAUCCUUCUGGGAAAGUGAUGAUGGCUGUGCAGUAUUUUCUCGAGAAUGUGGAUGCAGAGCGUAAACUGGCUUCUAAGGAGGAAGAGGCCCCGACAUUGAACCGCAGACGAGGGGCCAUCAAGCAGGCCAAGAUCCACUUCAUAAAGAACCACGAGUUCACCGCUACCUUCUUCAGACAGCCCACCUUCUGCUCUGUGUGCAGAGAAUUCGUCUGGGGACUCAACAAGCAAGGUUAUAAGUGCAGACAAUGCAACGCUGCCAUCCACAAGAAAUGCAUAGACAAAAUCAUCGGCAGAUGUACUGGCACUGCUGCCAACAGCCGAGAUACGGUGUUCCAGAAGGAGAGAUUUAAAAUUGAUAUGCCGCAUCGUUUUAAGAUCCACAACUACAUGAGUCCCACCUUCUGCGACCACUGCGGGAGCCUGCUCUGGGGUUUGGUCAAACAAGGCCUCAAGUGUGAAGAUUGUGCCAUGAAUGUUCAUCACAAGUGUCAGGAUAAAGUAGCCAACCUUUGUGGUAUUAACCAGAAACUUCUAGCUGAAGCUCUCACACAAGUCAGUCAGAGGUCCUCCACUCGUCAUUCAGAUCCAAACUUGUCCAACCUGCCUGAUAUUGGAAUCUAUGAUGAAGUGAACAAGCUUGCUGGACUUCAGAUCAAUGAUGUAUCUCCCUAUGGCACGUUGUGGGAAGGGUCCAGCCCUCGACCACAGUCUCGUCUGACUCAUCUGACCCGGGUCAAUGUGGACAACUUCAUCUUCCACAAGGUCUUAGGGAAAGGCAGCUUUGGCAAGGUUCUUCUUGCGGAGCUGAAGGGGCGUGGAGAGUAUUUUGCGGUCAAAGCUCUGAAGAAGGACGUCGUGCUCAUGGACGACGACGUGGAGUGCACUAUGAUCGAGAAGCGGGUCUUGGCUUUAGCCUGGGAAAACCCCUUCCUCACACACCUCUACUCCACCUUCCAGACCAAGGAGCACCUGUUCUUCGUGAUGGAGUACUUGAACGGAGGUGACCUGAUGUUUCACAUCCAGGAGAAAGGACGGUUCGAACUCUACAGAGCCUCGUUCUACUCUGCGGAGAUAAUCUGCGGUCUUCAGUUCCUACAUUCAAAAGGGAUUAUCUACAGAGAUCUGAAGCUGGACAACGUGAUGCUGGAUCAUGAGGGUCACAUCAAGAUUGCUGACUUUGGUAUGUGCAAGGAGAAUGUGUUUGGAGAGAAUCGGGCCACCACUUUCUGCGGCACUCCGGACUACAUCGCUCCAGAGAUCUUACUGGGACAGAAAUACUCGUUCUCAGUUGACUGGUGGUCAUUUGGGGUGCUGUUGUAUGAAAUGCUGAUCGGUCAGUCGCCUUUUCAUGGAGACAACGAGGACGAUCUGUUUGAGUCCAUUCGUAUGGAAACUCCUCAUUAUCCCCGCUGGAUCAACAAGGAAGCCAAGGACCUUCUCGAGCGGUUGUUUGAGAGAGACCCCAGUCGCAGGCUGGGGGUUGUGGGGAAUAUCCGGCUACACCCGUUCUUUCGGGUCUUCCACUGGCAGGCCUUGGAGAUGAGAGAGGUUGAACCCCCCUUCAAACCCAAAGUGAAAGCACCGAAUGACUGCAGCAACUUUGACCGAGAGUUCCUGAGCGAGAAGCCUCGGCUCUCCUACUGCGAUAAGAACCUCAUAGACUCCAUGGACCAGUCGGCCUUUGCUGGUUUUUCAUUCAUUAACCCCAAGAUGGAGCACCUUUUAGAGAAGUGAUUGCAAUGCCAGUCUGACUGAGUUCUCUGCUGUUUAUUGGCCAGCUCACUUAGUCCCAGACGAGGAAGCUGAUCCAGGAACAGCAUUUAUGUAAUUGUAUAGUAUGCACAAACUUGGGUACGUAUAGGAGUAGAAACGGGCCCAUGAACUGUAUAUUUUGAUGUUACUGUGCUUUGUUGCAUGACUAUUAUUUGUCUUGGCUGUGAAGGCCUCUGUGAGUAAUAAUAUAAAAGGUCAGGGGUUUAAGAUCCUUACAUUCCACUUCAUGUCACUACUAUCACCUGUAGCCAUUGUUUUUAAUCCCUUUACUUUCAGUUUCAGAACAAAAUGAAAUUGAAAACGAUGAAUGGGGAGUGCAUUAGUAAUAAACUGUACUGUGGAUGUUACAUACAGACUAUGUAAAUGAUGUGAUCAUGUGUAGAACUGUCAGCUUGAGAAAAGACUGUCCGUCUUUAAUUAAUGCUUAAAAAUGUGUCCUGCGCUGUAGAAACAUAAUUGUUACCUUUGACCCAGUGGAUCAAAGGAGCGGUGAGAAUAUGAAAAUGAGAAUAAGUUGUGGUUUUAUGUUUGACUGAACUGUGCCAUGCGGAGAUCAAAUGUAGAAAAAACAGGUCCUGAUGAACUGGGUGCAGCUGUGGGUGCAACCAUGUGGAAGUGUUACCGAAUACCAAAGUCAUGGAGUGGAAGUUACUGAAAUACUGUAUAUAAACAAGGUAUAUAAAUAUAUAUAUAUUGUUGUAAGAUGUUAAGUUGUAUAUUGGGUUGCAAAGGAUGUUUUUUUUUUUUUUUACUGUCUCCAUUUUUUUCAUCUAAUUAAAAAAA